AGAGAUAAAAAAUGAUCAUGAAUGUGCCGCUGCUAUCGAGAAAUACUAUCGAGACUCUGUCUCGAGGAUCAUAUUUGUAAAUAUCUGGAGAAGUGGAGAGAGAAAAGGCACUAUAAAAAUAUGUUCGUUUUUCUUUUAAUUUCAAGAGUUACUCUUGAAUGAACUGAAAUACCUUUACAGCAAGUACAGGUGUUGACUGCGAUGUGUUUCAUAAGAAUAGCGUGGAGUUAACCUCACUCGAACUUUGCGAGAUACGAGAAUUCUCCGCUAAGGAAUUGUGAUGGAUUGCCUGAAACAGCAGGCAUUUCUGGUGGGAGAUAUCGAUGAGGAUAUCAAUCUAUCAUUGCCACCCUCUUCCGGGGAGGAAUACAUCAAACGAGUAGUAAUAGAAGCCAGACAAUGCGCGGACGUAGUGGUGGCCGAUUUAGAUCCGUCAUGUGUGAAACAACCGACAAAAGCUUAUGUUAAGACUUUAGCAGGAUGUGUUCAAGCACCGGCAAACCUCAAGCCAACUAUUGAAUGGCAACAAUAUCAAGUUUCUGACUUUUCUAAGCUGAGGCUAUAUGUGAGCCAACUGAAGAACGAGAUAUUAAUAGGCAAGCGCAAGUGGAGACCACCUGACAUUAAUUUGCCAGACAUAAACGAUCAAAACGCUUGGGUCAGCUUCUGUUUAGGUGCCGAAGAAAAGAUUGAGCCAACACUGAAUACUCUGUUUUGUUUUAAUCAGUCUAACAUAGAACAAGUACUUGAGCAUUUAGUGCAAUUUGUGGAGACUGAAAGGAGAAUUGAAUACAAAAUAGGCCAGUGGAUUUACACGUUACUCGCAAUCUUGGAGCAACCAUUGCAGCCUGAUACUUGUUCCUGCUUGCGUUCACUAGCUCGAGCGUGUUCUGUCAUUCGUGUAGAUUCUAGAGAAUUGGAUGCGCAGGAGCUGGGAGCGCUGAAUUUAUUCAUCUGUCUAGUAGCGAGAUACUUUCGUCAAUUAGACUUGGCAGAUCCUUGACAAUUUCUCAUCACACAAUUUCUGCAUAUGAUAUAAUUAUUUAUGACGUGGCGUGACACUUAUUUGUAUACAUAGCGAUCUUUAAUAAAUUCCACACAAGAUUA